AUGUCUCUUUUCAGCUGGGUACCUAAUUGGCUUUUGUGGUUGCUUAUUGUGUACAUUUCGCUGCCAUUGGCGUUGUACGUUGUUUUCCCGUAUGUGUUUUACGGGGAGAGAUCGACUAAGAAGAGGAUAAUUAUUUAUGUUCUUGGCGAUUUGGGCCAUUCCCCUCGUAUUUGCUACCAUGCCUCCAGUUUUAGUGAAAGCAACUUUGAGGUGGAACUGUGCGGGUACGUAGAUAACAAAUUGCCAGAGAGUAUCAGCGAGGACCCUAAUAUAACGGUGCACUCUUUAGGGAGAUGCACUAAGGGUGGGAUGAUUGGUAAAGUGUUGGGUCAGGUGUUCGGGAUUGUGAAGCAUUUAUGGGCUUUGAGAGGAAGUGAUUACAUACUGGUUCAGAAUCCACCAAGCAUUCCGAUUUUGCCGAUUGUGGUAGUGUACAGGUACCUGUUCAGGUGUAAACUAAUUAUAGACUGGCACAACCUUGCGUACUCCAUCCUACGGUUAAAAUAUAGCGGUAACAAUUGGCACCCACUAGUUUUAAUUUCCAUUGCCAUUGAGUUCUUGUUUGCCCAUGGAGCUAACUAUCAUUUGACAGUGACAAAGGCGAUGAAACAGUUCUUAUCCGAUAAAUUCUGGAUUCCCGAAAAAAACUGUGUGGUGUUUUACGAUAGACCUGCUGUACAGUUUAGACCUUUUGAAUUGUCCGAUGGAGUAUCCGGUAAGUCAAGAAAUGAGGCAAUUCACAGUGAACCGUUCAUCAAGGAUUUGAUUCCACAAGAUUUCGAUUUGGAGAAGGGCGACAAAAUAAUUGUCACGUCGACGUCCUUCACACCAGACGAAGAUAUAUCGAUUCUCCUGGGUGCUCUGAAAAUUUACGAGAGUUCGUAUAAGAAGUUUGAUUCUUCGCUACCCCGGAUCUUGUGUUUCAUCACGGGGAAAGGCCCCUUGAAGGACCAUUUUAUUGGUGAAGUGGCCAAAAAUAAAAAGCUUUGGAAUCGUGUCCACAUCGAAUUCGUGUGGUUAUCUUCCGAGGAUUACCCCAAACUGCUACGGCUGUGUGAUUUUGGGGUAUCCCUCCAUACGUCAAGUUCUGGUCUAGACUUACCAAUGAAGAUUUUGGAUAUGUUCGGUUCAGGGAUUCCCGUGAUUGCGCUGAAUUAUCCAGUACUGGAUGAGUUAGUAAAGCACGAUGUGAACGGUUUGAAAUUCAUGGAUCGUCGCGAGCUACACGAAGCGUUGAUUUUUGCCACAAAGGAUCGAAAAAUCCUUACCGCGUUAAAGGAGGGUGCAAGAAGAGAGUCUGAAAACAGGUGGAAUUCGAGUUGGAAGGCGUCCAUGAAGGAAUUGAGAUUGAUACACAAAUAA